AUGACGGAAGCUGGGUCUGAGGUCAAAGAGGAUCCAAAAUUGUUAGAAGCUUUAGUAGAGAGUAGAAAAGGGCAAGCUCCUUAUGCUGGUGCCUUCCUACUUAAAGAUGAGGCAGUAUAUGAUGAUACAGAUGAAAAAAAGAGAUAUGAUCUCAAAGGAAAAGAGUUAUUUAAUCUCCUUCAUGAAGUUGCUCGUCAAAUACAAAGAGACUGUGUUCAUGUUUUAUUCAGCAGUCGAGUUUUUGGGCGUUCUCCCACUGAUGGAUAUAGGAAACCUUGUUCGGGCUAUCAUCAACUAAAGAAGAUGACUAGCAGCAAAAUAUUUGCAGCUGAAGACCUUAGUGGGAGAAGCAUGGCGAUGCCUGGAGAGCAGUGGCCGGAGACUCUGAUGAGGCGAUCUGUGGAGGCCUUAUUAGUGGAGAAAAUUACGGUGGAACAACAACGUUUGGGUGUGGAUGAGAGUAAUUGUUGGGAAAUGAAAGAUAAAGGCAAGAAGAGAAUGAAGAGGAGGAGAAAGAGAACGAGAGGACUUGACAGUUGGCCUCAGUACUAA